AUGGGGAAAGUGCGAGUGAAACUACUGAUAGCAAAAAACAGGCCGACAGCACGAAUGAUGGUGAGGAAAACACUGCUUCCCAGGAAGAGGAAAAGAAAGACGACGACGCAGAGAGUGGCGCGAAGGAGAAGUCCGACACAACAAAUACGGAUGAAGGGCAAGAAAGCAAUAGCAAAGGAGGCGGAAGCAGUACUGGUGCAAGCGAGCAGAAAAACGAAGAACAGAAAACAGAUAAAGGCAACGAACAGGACGCCACCGGGAAGCCAGCCGAAGGCGAUGAUUCUGGUGAUGCAAAACCACGCAAAGAUGAUACAGAGGGACUACAGAUGA